GUAAAUAUGUUGUCCAGAACACUCCGACCGAUCUCCAAGGUGCUCAGAAGCAGCGCGAAGUACUCCCAGGCCGCAGGUCUUCCAUUAAACGAGGGAAGCCCGGCACCAUUGCCAUCAGAAGACAGAGCAAUCUCCGCAAAAGUCAGCUCGUUGGUUGAAGAAAUCGCGAAUCUCAGCCUGCUCGACGUCUCCGAUCUUAACUGGGCUCUCAAGAAGCGGCUCAACAUUCCAGAUCAACCAUUGAUGGCUGCUGCCGCUGCUGCUCCAGCCGCUCAGGCCGAAGCGGAAGCCGCAUCAGACGUUCCACAAAAAAUGACAUUCACUGUGAAAUUAACGAAAUUCGAUGAUACCAAGAAGAUCGCAAUCAUCAAGGAGAUCCGUAACGCCAUUCCAGGCCUCAAUCUCGUUCAGGCCAAGAAGUUUGUGGAAACCGCACCGGUAAAUGUUAAGGAGGAUCUUGGAAAGGCAGAAGCCGAUGAGUUGAAGGCUAUUCUGGAGAAGGCUGGAGCUACCAUUGAAAUUGUUUAAUUUUUUGUUCUAUAUUUCCCUCUUUUCAUUUGUUGUGUUCUCAUUUUCUUCAAAUUUUUCGUAGAUAGUGUAGCAUUUCUUUUUGUUAAGUUUUAUUUUAUUUUAUGGAAAAAUAAUUAAUUUCAAA